CGGAACCCCUGAUGUGACUGUUAUAGAAUUAGAGAGGUUGUUGCCAAUUUUUAACACCAAUUUUCUGUCUUUUAGAUAGGACUCAAGCCAUUUUAAAGCAUUGGAGUGAACUCCAAGUUUCUUAUGUUUUAUAAGAGGCAAAAUAUGGUUUAGGCUGUCAAAAGCUUUCGCAAAGUCCGUGUACAGAGUGUCCACUUGUUCGCCCUCCUCCAUCGCAAUGACCACGAAAUUUAGGAUUACAGCAAGAUUUGUAUUGCUGGAUAUUCCUGGGUAAAACCCAUGCUGCUGCGUAACAAUAUAUGUAACUCUUAAAUGCCCAAAGAGCUGGUUGUUUACAAUUUUAUCCAGCAGCUUUGGAAUGAUAGAUAGUUUUACAAUGGGGCGAUAGUUUUCAACUAAAUUUCGUAGGCCCGACUUAUAAAUUGGGGAGAUAAAUGAAGUUUUGCACUCGUCAAGGAAGUCACCGUUUUCAAGGGAUUUGCUGAAAAUUUUGGUAAGCGGCAGAUAAAGAGAGACUGCACAGUUUCUUAGAAACAGCGACGUCAGAAGGUCCUGCUCCUUUUGAAACAUCUAAAUUUAAAAGCGAUUCGAGAACUGUAUUCGGGCUCGCAAUGAUCACUUUCGUACAUGUAGAAUGCAAAUUGGAUUGUGACUUGUCUGAUGGGCAAGUGCCUGCUAUGAGGGUUUUGCCAGGCGAAGCCAUCAUGGCUGGCUUGUCUGAUGGACAAACGCCUGCUAUGAUGGGCAAGGGCAGAAAAACUAAAAAGAAAAAAGGUAGAAAUGAUAUGAAAAGGAAAAAGAAAGAUUUUAAAGAUGAAGCUAAUAGGUUGGUUGAGGGAUUCUCUGAUACAAGUGAGGAGGCAAAUUGUGUUGUUGGUGCAUCUGCACUUCCUCAGUUUAGUGGCAUGAUUUUGAAGAAAGGUACGUACAAGUUAGUUAAGUCUGAAACGGUAGAAGGUGGUGAAAUGAGGAAACAAGGUACAGUUGUUACAAAUAUUGUUUUUCCAUGUAGUGACCCGGUAGGAAUAGGGUGUUGUUCAAACAAUGAGGAGGUACGGGCUCGACAAAAAGAGUUAAAUUGUGAAGAAGUUACCGUACGUAACCAUGUGAAUAAUCAUGAAAUUAUUCUGAAUUCAAAUGUGCCAAAUGGGGAAUUGUCAGCUAAUCCCGAUGGAAAUAUGGGGGGCAGGGCUGUGCAGGUGAUGGAUGAUGGUGGUAGUACUAUGCGAGCGGAAGGUAGUAGUCAGUCUUUGGUUCAGAGCAGAUCUCAGGGGUAUGAAAAUAAGGGUGCUUAUCCCAAAAAUCAAGUUGGUGGUUUAACCUCAAAUGUAGGAAGUAGUGAUUUCAAUGGUAGAGGUGUAAGUCAACUAUAUCAGGCUGAUUAUAGAUGCCAAGCUAUAGUGUUGAUGGACACGUCAAACAGCGUUAAUUUUGAAAACAAGAAAAUGAGAAAUGGCUUAUUCUUAUUCGAUAAAAUAAGGAAAUUAAAUGUUAGCGGCAUGGAUAAUAUUCUAGCGAUCGGUAAAUCCUUGUACAAGGUUUUCUUUGACUCGAUUGAAAAUGCUAACAAGAGUGUGAGCAAUUGCAAAAUCAGGGAGAUGGGUUUUAGGGUAUUCAUUCCCAGGAGUUUCACUGAAAUCUAUGGGGUGAUUCGCCAGGUGCCCUUUGACUUCUUGGAAAAUGAGAUUUUUGAUAAUAUACAAUCAAGUGUCAAAGUUAAGUCGAUCUCUCGUAUUACUAGGAGGGACUCUGUCAACAAGGAUAAAUUUGUACCGACUUUGUCUAUAAAGAUUGGCUUCGACGGUAACGAAAUACCUGAUUCCAUUAAAAUCUUUUGUGUAAAUUUUAGAGUAAAUAAUUUUUUACCCAGAGCUAAGCAAUGCUUUAACUGCGGUAAACUGGGUCAUACAAAGCUUUCUGAGAUUGAAAAGUUACUAAAUCUUUUAGUGGAAAAGUUCAAUAUCGAAGCGGACGAACCGAUUCUAAAGGUGUUAUAUUAUGCUAUAAUGGAGAGUGUUAAUGAUAGACUACGGUUUAACUCGAAAAUUGAUGGCGAUCAAAGUAAUGCAGCUUAACUGUCAAAGUUUAAAAGCUAAUAGAAAUUACAUGGACUUUUUUAUUGAAGAUAACAAGAUUGAUGUAGUGGCUCUCCAAGAGGUGUUCUCGCUUGGGGAUAUUAGGGAGGGGCACAAAUUAAUGUAUUUUAACUUAUUAAUUAAAAACAGAGUGGAUGGCUAUGGUGGAGUAGCCAUUGGAAGCAGGAAAAACAUUGAAAUUCAGCGUGUUAGAUACAAUACAAAUCAAGACAUAAUUGUAGCUAAAACUACAAAUCUUGAUAAAAAUGUAAUUAUAGUAUCUGCCUAUUUCCCCCCGGGGACUAAUAUGUAUACUUUUGACUAUAAAAUUAAU